AUGACGACUACUCUUUUCGCCCUCGCCUUUCUGGCGCCAGCAAUCGCAAACGCAGUAGCGCUGUCAAGAGCGACACCAGAGCUUACACAUUUCGUCCCUUCAGUGGAUAUAUGGGGUUCCGCGCCAACAGCAGCAGCACAAUUGCCCUUAUCUCUAUCCAAACGCCAGGCCAGUGGAAACUAUUACACAUGCGGCUUCGUCUCCGGAUCGCCAGACAGCCCAAUAACAUGCGCAAACCCGACCCAGACCUGCGCAACAAACACCUUCUUCGGCAUCCACGGCUGCUGCGACCCAGCAUCAAAUACCCCCUGCACACUCCCCACCUCCUGCAUCGCAUCCACCGCCAUGACCGCCUCAUGUACAAACACCGCCUGCUCAUCCGACGAAGCAAUCGUAAAAUGCACAGCCAGCACCGCUCAAGAAUGCUACCAAUGGCACUUCAUCUACGAAAACAUGGUAAUGACACAGCAUGGUUGCGCCGAAACAGCUUUUACUAGCACUGCGUACCGUUCCCCUGGUAUGGACAUGUUGUUACCGAGUAAUACGAAAACAGGGAAAAGGGAAACUGUUACUGCAACUGUGACUACGAGGGAAGUUGUUUCCGGCAUUCCUACUCUUUCUGCUGUGACGGAAGAUAAAGAUACGACGACUUCUGAAGGAAGGAAAACAAGCCUAGGGGCUGUGAUAGGGGGUACAGUUGGUGCUUGCGUCUUCGUCUGUUUCCUUGGUUUUGUGGUUUUUCUGGCGUGGAGGCGGUGGAGGAAUUUGAAGGGGCAAAAUGCGCAGUGCUACCAGCAGCAGCAGCAGCAGCAGCAGUCAAUGGUGGAAUAUCAUGCUGCUGUGUGUGAAGCUGCAAAAAAGGCUUGGGAUCAUCAGUGUGGGGUGGUAGCGUGUGAGAGGGAGAUUUGCAUGGGGGGUGGUGUGGGUGUUGUCGAGAUGGAUGGGACACAGAGACCUGUUGAAGCGCCGACGAGAGAGAAGUGAAUAUAAU